UUAUACUCCACCUCUUCUACGACUAUUGAAUUUGGAAACCAAAAAAAAAAAAAAAAUAAAGAGAAAGCCAUGGUGAAGUUCCUAGUGAAUCCAUUCCUUCUAUUGAUCAUCUACAUUCUCUUUCUUGCUCCUUCUGUAUGUGGUAAACCCACACCCACAGGCCUCAUUAUUUCUUGUUUAACUCAUCAUGGUGUCAAUAACUUCCCCAUAUACCCAAAUAAAGUCGGUGACUCUACAAUUUACUUCAAGCUUCUUAAUUACUCCAUCCAAAAUCUUCGGUUUUCAGAAUUAUCAGUUCCCAAACCAAAGGCCAUCAUUUUGCCAGAGAAUAAAGAGCAGCUGCUGAAGAGUUUUUUAUGCUGUAGGAAAGCAGCAUUUGAAAUCAGAGUGAGGAGUGGUGGACACAGCUAUGAGGGUGCUUCAUCAGUUGCCACAGAUGGAGCUCCAUUUGCAAUAAUUGACAUGAUGAAUCUGAUGGGACAUUUCCGAGAUACUCCAAGAUGA